UGCGGGCUGAGCAUUCUGGUUCCGCUGGGGAGCAGCGCUUCCUUUUUGUCCGACAUCUUGACGAGACUGCAGUGGUCUCAGUUGCUCUCCGAGUUUCGAGAUGCCGCCCAAGGACGACAAGAAGAAGAAAGAUGCGGGAAAGUCGGCCAAGAAAGACAAAGACCCAGUGAACAAAUCUGGGGGCAAGGCCAAAAAGAAGAAGUGGUCCAAAGGCAAAGUUCGGGACAAGCUCAACAACCUGGUUUUGUUUGAUAAAGCUACUUACGACAAACUCUGUAAGGAAGUUCCCAACUAUAAGCUUAUAACGCCUGCUGUGGUGUCUGAGAGACUGAAGAUACGUGGGUCACUGGCCAGGGCAGCCCUUCAGGAGCUCCUUAGUAAAGGACUUAUCAAGUUGGUUUCAAAGCACAGAGCUCAAGUUAUUUAUACCAGAAACACCAAGGGUGGAGAUGCCCCUGCUGCUGGUGAAGAAGCGUGAUGAACAGGUUCAACCAGCUGUACAUUUGGAAAAAAUAAAAUUUUAUUACUAAAUCAAAUGAAUAAGUAUGUCUGUUUCCAAACAAAGGGCUCCUUGAAGGAAUAUGGGUGGAUAGAGGUUGGUUGUGGAAGAAUAUCUGGUAAUGAUCAGCUCUUCUCUUUAUGAGACUGCUGUUUGGUCCUUGUUGCAACUUCAGUUUUAAAUUGAUGCCUGAAAGGAAAUGAAGGUUUAACAAGAUGAAGUGUCACCCAAGGAGAUCAUGGGUUGGA